AUGCCAUCCUUGACACUCGAAAGCGGCGUGAGCUUCAGCUACACGGACAGUGCAGUCCCCGAGUCUAACAAGACAGACUAUGUGACCCUCCUGCUCAUCCACGGAGGCAUGUUUCACAACGGCAACCUGGCGGCAAUCGGGUCUUCAAAUCAUGUGCGGGUCAUCGCCUUGAAUCGCCGCGAAUACCCGGGAUCAAGUCCCUACUCGCCGCAAGAGCUCGAUCUGCUCACCAGAGGGAGUGAAGCGCAGAAGAGUCAGCUACUAGCGGAGAUGGGCCGAGAUCUUGCCUUGUUUAUUGCCGGGGUGGCCGCCUCGCUCUCCCUCCCAGGCUCUAUUGCAGUUGUCGGAUGGUCGGUGGGAUCGCUGAUGGUGCUUUCUAUUGCUGCAUCCAUGGACAUGCUGCCUGAGGAUGCACGUCAAACUCUGACAACUUCCGUGCGAAGCAUGAUUCUCUUCCGUCAUGCAGAAGGCCCAAGCGUCGCAUAUGGGAUGCCGGACCCUGAAGGGAUAGACAUCCCACCCAUGAUGGACCUGAUGGCUGCUGAUGCAGAUCAGGAAUCCUCGAUCACCCGUUGGUUGUUGAGCUUCUUUGCGCACGGAGAUCUCUCGAAACAUGACCCACGCAACUUGCAAUACAACGUAACCGACUCGAUUCGGCUGCCUACCAUUCCGAUGGACGGUAUCACAGAUUUCACUGCGAGUACCAAGUACGACGGUAUCCUGAUCUCUCCUCGUUUCCACUCAGUGACAGCGAAACUGCUGGACAAAAGCCUGUUUGAUAGCCACGUCCGUGGUGAGUUGUGGAAAGACACCGAGUUUUUUGUGGUGACGGGCUCGGCCGACUCGUGGACUACGAUUUAUGCUUCGUGGAAGUUGGAAGAAAGGAUGCGUAUGGAGGCAAAGCCUGAGUGCAAGAUCACAUUCAAGAUGAUCGAAGGCGCAAAUCACUUCUUCAUGAUCGAGGAUCCACAGGGUGCUGUAGAUUGUUUCAAAGCAUGUAUAAUUUAA